AUGGCUGUUUGGGACAAGAAAGUCCUUUUUGCCACAGCGCUUAUCUUCUGUGCUCUAUUGGUCUUAUUGCACAAACAUUUUAAGUGUAACUUAGCCUCCGUCGUUGAUAAAUUGUGCUCAGCUUAUGAGGUAGGUCAUGUGUCAGGUCCAUUGUGCCCCGAUCUCUGUGGCUCACAAAGCACUUUCCAUCUUGGAAAUUGCCUCAGUACGGUGCCUGAUAAGAAGAUUUAUAAUGGAGAAUGGCAAGGAAAGAAAAUUAUCUUCAAAAUUAACAUGAGCUGGUUUGAAGAGUUUGAAAGGAGUCAGAGAAUAGCCGACAUUUCAGUUGUAUCAUCAUAUCAAGAAGAUGUCUCCUCCAGAUUUGACUUCGCUUACUCUCUGUUGGACGCAACUUUAGAUGUAUCUACUUCUCCAUAUGGCUUGACACAGCUCUGUGAUGUUCAUCUGGGAAAUUAUGGAAUCACAACUACGUCGACAGUGAAACUGCUUGAUCUUGAUCUGAUGUAUCCUCACGUUUUUCUGCGUACUCUUUUGGAACAGAAAAAGUGCGUUUCUGACUGGGACUGUUUUGUGGGUCAUUCUGACUGUUGGUCAACUUGCGACAAGACCAAAGGCAUUUGUAAAUCGCUUUUAGGUAUCCAGGACCUACAUAUGGUAUGUGAAGGGGUUUUUCCUCAACUAUUUAAAAAUCCAAAUUACCUGAAUCCAACAGGUCACAACAUGACCUGCUUGGAAAGAGCUAUGAGAAAGCUCUUUGUCUUUUGUAGUAAGAUACCAGUGGUGUACUCAAGGGAAGAAUUGCGGAGAAACAUUCUGGCAGUUAAAAAGAGGCUGAAAGCAGUUGACAUUAUGGUCGCAAACGAAUGUUAG